AUGGAUCUUCGCGUCGACAUCGUCGAGACGAUGCUCUGCCCGGACCAUCGUAGGCGGCCACCAGGUAAGUUUCCCCCCAGGUAAGUGCGUUUGCUUUGUUUCUUCCUUUUGUUUGUUGAAGUUCCGCGUCGUACGCUGCGCUUGCUGCCUGCCCUUUAUAUGCUAGUCUGUCUGUUAAUAGCUAAACGACACCCACGAUGCCUGCUGCGAUUGUCUGUCCGUCCGUCUAUGCCACUCUCUACUAAUAGCUAGGUGUACCGUGCCUGACUUUGUGUGGUGCCCUCACUUUGUCUCUGACUGGUGACUGUGUCCGCUUGUCCACUCUAGUUCUAAGUCCCCUAGCGUUAGGUAGUGUGUAUGCUCUCUCCUACUUCACUCCAUCACAUCAUCACCUCACCACCAAGGUCCCAGGCUAAUUCGGGUCGUUCUCUCACUAACAAAAAGUCGUGGCCCAUAGUGGAGUCCGGCAGCCGUCUGGGAUAACAGGGCAGCCCUGUUCAGGGAUGCGUUGCCUGCCCCGCGGGGGGGGGGAGGGGGCUAGAAAAGGUGCCCUAAAGAUCGCUGGGAACCACGCUGUCUGUAGGCUGGCCGUGGCCGCAGACAAAAAACACACGGUCGAAACAGCCAAAACCGAAACAACAACAACCACAAUCGCUCUCUUCCUCUUCCAGCCUAUUCUUCUUCUUCUUCUUCUCCUACUCCUACUUUUCGCCGCCGCAGUCGCCAGACUGGCAGGGUGAGCCCGCUCACUCUGGCAGCCUGGAAUGUUCGUUCCCUUUUAGACAAUCCGAGGAGCAACCGACCGGAACGGAGGACGGCGCUAGUGGCACGAGAACUGGCGCGCUACAAGGUGGACAUCGCCGCACUCAGCGAGACCCGUUUCUCCGAACAAGGCCAACUGGAGGAGGUGGGUGCCGGCUACACCUUCUUCUGGAGUGGUCGACCCAGGGCAGAGCGACGAGACGCGGGUGUCGCCUUUGCCAUCCGGAACGACAUCGUGGGACGACUGCCCUGUUUGCCGCAGGGAAUCAACGACCGCCUAAUGAGCCUCCGUCUGCCCCUCCGGCGAGGAGGCAAGUUCGCCACCAUCAUCAGCGCCUACGCUCCGCCGAUGACCAGCCCCGACGUCGUCAAAGACAAAUUCUACGAGGACCUGCAUGCCCUCUUGGCGACUGUGUCGAAGGCGGACAAGUUGAUUGUCCUUGGCGACUUCAACGCCCGCGUCGGCACAGACCACACUGCCUGGAGGGGAGUGCUGGGCCCCCACGGUCUCCGCGGCUCCAAUGACAAUGGUCUGCUACUCAUUCGCGCCUGCGCAGAACACCGCCUUAUCCUGACGAACACGUUCUUCAGUCUGCCGGAGUGAGAGAAGGCCACCUGGAGGCAUCCUCGGUCGCGUCAGUGGCACCUGCUGGACUAUGUCCUCGUCCGGAGGCGAGAUCAGGGGGACGUGCUGGUGAGGAAGGCGAUCGCGGGUGCUGACGGGUGGACCGACCAUCGCCUCGUCAUCUCGAAGAUGCGUAUUCGCCCACAGCCUCGCAGGAGACCACAAGGUAAGCGACCCCCAGGUAAGCUGAAUGUUGCUUUGUUGUCUUUGCCUGCUCACCGUCUCCAUUUCAGCAGUCAGCUAGCUCAACGGCUAGACAACCUUCCUAUCGUUGCCGCCGCCGACGACGCCGCCGACGACGACGCCGCCGCCGCCGCUGAGAACGCCUCCGUGGAGAACCGCUGGUGUCAACUGCGAGACACGGUCCAGGCGACGGCGCUCGCCGUCCUCGGUCGCGCUCCCCGCCAACACCAGGACUGGUUCGACGACAAAGACGCUGCCAUCAGCAAUCUGCUUGAACCGCCUACACAAAGCCUACGUAGAUCACCCCACGGAGGAUAA